AUGGGAGACUGUCGGUGUCGCCAGAAGAGGUCAGAAGACGGCCCAAGCCUGACCCGUGACGGGAUCCCUAGCCGGGAAGGCAGCGUGUGGCCGGAGCAGGGCUCUUCGUCCUGGCGCGGCCCGCGUUGGAGGCCGGAGGCAGAGCGCCCCCGGCGUUUUCAGCGCCACCCUUGCUGGGGCGAAGGCGGGUACAGGCGCGGGGUCGGUUUCGGGCUCGAGCUCGCCCGCUGUUUUGUCGGAGGAGCUGGUCAGUUCGACGAGAGGUCCGGCACGUGCAGCGAGCGCGCCUCCGGCAGGCGGCGGCGGCCAUUCACAGGCGCGUCGGUGGACAGCGUCGUCCGGGCCGUCCUCGUUAGUAUAGUGCAACUCGCCCACCCGCGCCGCCUUUCUAGUACUUCAUUCCGGGUCCGCUGGGGCGUGGAGCCCAGGGGCCAAGAGCAGCCGGGCAGCGAGAACCUUCCAGAGAAGCGUGCGGGCCAGCGCAGCUGCGGCACUGUGGCCGCAGCCGAGCGGGGUCCUGCCGCCGCAGCGGGAUACCAGGCCAGCCCGAAGUGGCUGGCGGAAUGGGCUCCUGGCGACGCGACGCUCAACCGCCCGGGCUGGCGGGAGGCGGCCACUGACUUGACAUUUUCCCCCAAGUUCUUCGUGGGUGAGGAGGAAACGAGUUUAUGUAACCCUGUGCUGGGCAGGCGGACACACCAAGGGGCGGGCGCCGCGCUCGGGACCCGCGGGCGGGCGACGGCCGUGACGCCGAGUCAGACGACCCGCCGCCGCGUCCCCAGCCGGGAAGGGCGCAGGCUGCGAGAACACGAGCGCAAGUCUUUCGGCAAGACACACGCGGACGGGCGGCGGCGGCGAGCCCGGGUGCGGAACCGGGAAGGGCGCCCGCAGCCAGGAAACGGCUGCGCGCCCGCAGGGCGGCAGGAAGUGAAACUGCGAGCGGUUUGGGGAAGCCGGGCUCCGGGCCGCGACCGCGCGCGCGUCUGCUGCUGCUGCUGCUGCUGCUGCGCUCCCCGCGCCGGCUCCCCGCAGGUGGCCGCCGCCUCCUCCGGGAAGUCCGCACCUGACUCCGGGUCUCCUCCUCGGGCGACGACGGGGCCCGCCGGAGUUCACCUCGGAAACGCCGCUGGACUCGGGCCCGGUCCUGGGUGGACGUGGAAGGCCGGAAUGCUUCGGAAUGUGCACGCCGGUGGCCUGGGGCUGCUUCCCCUGCGGGCAGCGUGGGCUUUGCUGCUGCUGGCUGCUGCAGACGGGGGAGCUGCAGGUCCCCCGAAGGCCGUGGUGCGCCUGGAGCCCCCCUGGUUCAACGUGCUCCGGGAGGACGACGUGACUCUGCACUGCCAGGGGCCCCACGGCCCUGCGGACGGCCCCACCCAGUGGUCCAGGGACGGGACCCCCAUCCCGGCCCAGGUCCAGCCCCGCUUCAGCUUCAAAGCCAACCUCAGCGACAGUGGGGACUACAGGUGCCAGACGGGCCAGACCGGCCUCAGCGACCCCGUGCGUCUGAACGUCACUUCCGACUGGCUGCUGCUGCAGACCCCAAGCCUGCUGCUGCAGGAGGGCGACCCCCUCAUGCUGAGGUGCCACAGCUGGCAGAACCGGCCUCUGUUCAAGAUCCAGUUCCUCCAGGACGGCGUCUACAGGCAGUACUCCCCUGCCAAUUCCAGCUUCUUCGUCCCGCACGCUAACGUCAGUCACAGCGGCACGUACCACUGCUCCGGAUUCAUCGGGAGAAUGAAGCACGAGUCCCACUCUGUGAGCAUCACUGUCCAAGGUCCGGCGUCCCCAGCCGUCACAGAGCCCUCUCUGCCGUGGCCCCAGAUUGCGUUCUGCCUGGUGAUGGGACUCCUGUUUGCAGUGGACACGGGGCUGUAUUUCUCUGUGUGGAAAGACCUUCGAAGCUUGACGGGCGACAUGAAGGAUGACAAGGUCAUGUGGAGCAAGAGCCUCGGGGACAAAUGACCCGUCACCCUGAGGCGUCCCAGCAGCAGCGCCUCUUCAGGCCAGACCUCUCCCCCUCGCCAGCCCCUCCCGGACAGCGGCCCGGGCCCGGCCCGUUGCACAGGAAGGGCCUGUGGGCCUCAGAGCCCACCGCUCCGGGCUGGCCGCGGGGGGGUGCCCGAAGGUCCAGGCUUGGUCGCAGCCAUCCAGCCCUGCCAGGACUGCCAGCGACUGUGUUCUCACGUGGCCUAGACAGAGGUUCCUCAAAUACACAGAGCUCACCGAAUCCUGCUUCUACUUUCAAAACAAACCCAGCGAUCUGCCCACUUCUUCGUGCGCCAGCACUGCCAGCCCCCAGCUGCCGUGGCCUCUCGCUCGGAGGGCCACGGCAGCCUUCCUCACAGUCUGUUCUCACAGCUGCCAGUGACUGACCUUUAGGAACUGUGUGUUCAUUGUUCAUCUGUCACUUCUUCGCCCAAAGCCACACAGCAACUUCCUCUUGCACCGAGAAGCUAGAGCCUCUGCGAUGUUCUUAGGUUCCCCCUGAACUUCCUCCUCCCUGCCUCUGGCCUCAGCCGCUGCUGUUCCUUGUCCCCUUCAACACACCAGUCUUACUUCUGCCCAGGGCUUAUGGUGUUCCCUGUUUCUGGAAUGUUCUUUCUUACAGAUGGCUCACCAUGCCUCAUCAUGGCCUGGACCCAAAUGCCACCUUGCUCGUUCAGUAUGAUUGUACUCCCCCACCAUCUCCCAACCCCCCUCCUGCCAUGUUUUUCCUCAUGGUAUUUAUCACCGACGGAUACACCGUACGGUCACCUGUGUAAUGGUUUACUGUCCAGCCCUCCUGCCGUCAGAAUCCACUACUGUAUAUACUUACGGUCCAGGGUCAGUGUCUGGCACAUGGUAAAGAACUCAAUAAAUAUUCACGGAAUGAGUAA